UGGCUAGAUUUAAAGUUUUUCGCUAAGAGAAUCAAAAAGAUUUACAAAGCGGUUCUAGACGGUAUACUCCUGGAAUAAGCGCAUAAAGAAAAAAAUGAAGAAGAUUAUUUUUAUGCUAUUAGCUGUCACAUGCACUAUUUAUUGUGCAGAUAAAGAUAAAGACGAGAAGAAAGAUGAUAAAGAAAAAAAAGAAAACUUCGGAACUGUUAUUGGCAUUGACUUAGGAACAACUUAUUCAUGUGUUGGAGUCUUUAAAAAUGGACGAGUUGAAAUCAUUCCAAAUGACCAGGGUAAUCGUAUUACACCCUCCUAUGUUGCAUUUACUAGUGAAGGAGAGCGUUUAAUUGGAGAUGCAGCUAAAAAUCAACUUACUUCAAAUCCUGAAAACACAAUAUUUGAUGCUAAACGAUUAAUUGGUCGUGAAUGGAGUGACAAAUCGGUUCAGCAUGAUAUUAAGUAUUUUCCAUUUCAAGUAGUUGAAAAAAAUAAGAAACCACACAUUAAAGUUCAAGUAAAAGAAGGAGAGUAUAAAACAUUUACUGCUGAAGAAAUUAGUGCUAUGGUCUUAGUAAAAAUGAAGGAAAUAGCUGAAGCAUACCUAGGCAAAAAAGUAACUCAUGCUGUUGUCACUGUUCCUGCUUACUUUAAUGAUGCUCAACGUCAAGCAACAAAAGAUGCUGGUGUAAUUGCUGGUUUAAAUGUGAUGCGAAUUAUUAAUGAGCCAACCGCUGCAGCAAUUGCUUACGGUUUAGAUAAAAAAGAGGGAGAAAAAAAUGUACUUGUAUUUGACUUGGGUGGUGGUACUUUUGAUGUCUCUCUAUUAACCAUUGAUAACGGUGUAUUUGAAGUUGUUUCAACAAAUGGUGAUACCCAUCUUGGAGGUGAAGAUUUUGAUCAGCGUGUUAUGGAACAUUUUAUUAAGUUAUACAAGAAAAAGAAAGGUAAAGAUAUACGAAAGGACAACCGUGCUGUUCAAAAACUUAGAAGAGAAGUUGAGAAAGCUAAGCGAACUCUAAGUACUCAACAUCAAACUAGACUUGAAAUUGAAUCAUUAUUUGAUGGAGAGGAUUUCUCAGAAACACUAACACGAGCAAAAUUUGAAGAGUUGAACUUGGAUUUAUUCAAAUCUACAAUGAAACCUGUUAAGCAAGUAAUUGAUGAUUCUGGUCUUAAAUUAAGUGAGAUUGAUGAAAUAGUUUUGGUUGGAGGAUCUACUCGUAUUCCUAAAGUUCAAAAGUUAGUACAAGAUUUCUUCCAAGGCAAAGAACCCAGCAAAGGAAUUAACCCUGAUGAAGCAGUUGCAUUUGGUGCUGCAGUCCAAGGAGGUGUGCUUAGUGGUGAAGAAGAAACUGAAAUUGUUCUUCUUGAUGUUAAUCCAUUAACUCUUGGAAUCGAAACUGUUGGUGGUGUAAUGACCAAAUUGAUUAGUCGUAACACUGUUGUUCCAACCAAAAAAUCACAAAUCUUUUCAACUGCUGCAGAUAACCAACAAACUGUCACAAUUCAAGUUUUUGAAGGUGAACGUCCAAUGACAAAAGACAAUCAUCAGUUAGGAAAAUUUGAUUUGAAUGGUAUUCCUCCUGCUCCUCGUGGUGUUCCUCAAAUUGAAGUUACUUUUGAAAUUGAUGUUAACGGUAUUCUUAGAGUUAGUGCAGAAGAUAAAGGUACUGGAAAGAAAGAAAAGAUUACAAUUACCAAUGAUCAGAAUAGAUUGUCUCCUGAAGAUAUUGAGCGUAUGGUUAAUGAUGCUGAAAAAUUUGCAGAUGAAGAUAAAAAAGUCAAGGAAAAAGUAGAAUCUCGUAAUGAAUUUGAAAGUUAUGCUUACUCUUUAAAAAAUCAAGUUGGAGACAAAGAAAAGCUUGGUGGUAAAUUAAGUGAAAGCGAUAAAGCAACCUUAGAAAAAGCAAUUGAAGAAGCUGUUAAAUAUCUCGAAAGUCAUCCUGAUGCUUCUACAGAUGAACUAAAAGAAAAUAAAAAGAAAUUAGAGGACAUUGCUACUCCUAUAGUUAGUAAAAUUUAUCAACAAAGUGGAGGUAAACCAGGGGAAGGCCCAACACCUGGUUCAGAUGAAAAAGAAGAUAAAGAUGAGUUAUAGAAAUAUAUUAUAAUUGCUUGCUAGGCGAAGUUGUUGUUAGUUAAAAGUCGAGAAAUAACGCUAUCACAAAUAUAUUACGAAAUUAUAUAUAUUAGUCUUUUUAAAAUUUUGCUAUUCGAAUUUAUGACGAUCCGACGUUUUUCGACUUAGUAGCUUCUAAUAGCUUUGUGUCAUAAUGACCGUUUCUUUGCCUGUAAAAACUUAUUUAUUACACGGUAUUUCUGUAAAUAUUUUUAGUAAUAAAAUGAUAGUAAAGAAAUUUAAA